CGAAUAAUUAAAAUAUAUUUUUUUUUACCCUUGUAACACCGCAUUAUAAAUUGUGGUGAAGUCUUUCUUCAUUUUAGUCAAGUGCAAAUUAUUUAAUUUCUACGUAGCUUAUUUUAUAUGUUAUUCACCCUUUAAUGCAAUGUAGGUAUAUGCUGUAGUAAGGCCAACAUGCCCCGAGAUAUUUUAAGUGAUAGUUUAGCAGUCUUGAGGAUAGUUGAGCAUGAAGAUGAAGAAAACUGGCCGCUUGAGAACAAGCCAUCCUGCAAACAAAGUAAUAAGAAGUCAUCUAACAUUCCUCUGAACAGCCAGACAAGCUUGACUAAGGAUGACUGUGCAUGUUACUACAACUAUGGUCACGGCGAGAACGGGAAUGGCAGACAACACGACCCAGUUUACCAGUACAAGACCAGUAGCCUCCCACCAGCGUCUUCUAUCAACCAAUCCUGGGACGAGAUAGUGUGCUCAGCGCUCCGAAUAACUCCUGAAGAUAUAGCAAACCAGCUGACUUUACUUGACUUGCCUUGCUUCAAAUCUAUAAGGCCAGAGGAAUUGACUACCUGUGGAUGGAAUAAGCUGAAUAAAUUGACGGUGGCUCCUAAUGUGGUGGCGUUUACCAAAAGAUUUAAUAGGGUCAGUUUUUGGACAGUACAAGAAAUAUUAAAUGGCCAGUCACCAAAAGCAAGAGCAGAAAUUUUGGCACAUUUUAUCAAAGUUGGAAAGAAAUUGCAUGAAUUGAAUAAUUUGCACUCUCUUUUUGCUGUUAUUUCGGCGUUGCACAGCGCCAGUAUUUAUAGGUUGACAAAAACAUGGGCGUGCUUGUCCAAAAAGGAUAAACAGCAGUUCGACAAGCUUGCGGAACUCUUUGGCGAGAAGGACAACUGGACGGCCCUCAGAGAAUAUUUGAGAUGCAUCGCUUUGCCUUGUAUACCUUACCUUGGUAUAUUUCUGACGGAUCUUGUAUACAUAGACAUAGCUCAUCCCCCGGAUUCGCCCCACCGGGUGGCCAAAAUGGCCGUCGUUUUGAAAGCCCUGGAAAAGUACCAGACAUCAGAGUAUGAAAUCCCGCCCCUGCCUUCUGUGGCUAAUUACUUGAACAGUGUGCGUUAUAUUGAAGAGCUGCAGAAAUUUCUGGAAGAUGACCAGUAUAAGCUGUCUCUAAAACUUGAGCCCCCAUCUCCGGUGGGCAGUUGCGCUGGCUCCAAAGAGUCGGUCAAAGAGGUGAUAGUUCCUGGAGGCUCGAGUACUGCCAACACAUCGCCUUCUCACAAAAUCGGCUCCGGGUCCCUUCGUCUCCAAGGAUCCUGUCACCAAGGAAAGUUCAUACCAACGCAUCGGAAGUGCCGGUCCCUCGGCUCCAAGUUUCGUAGUGCGAGCUUGCCAAGAAAUUUUCACAAGGUCAAUUUUGGUAUCGGCAUAUUUGGAAAAAGUCAUACGGACGAUAAAAUGGAGAAUAAGACGCCUGCAGGAUCUGUAAAUUUGCUAGACGACACUCUACUUGAAUCUCCCAGUUCCGUCUCAGGCGGAAAGAUGUCUCAGUCACUGCCGCACAGCGAUAUAAAGGCGGAUGUUAUUCAAUGUGACUUCCAAGGCUUCGUGAGAAGAAAGACGAUUUUAAAAGAUGGAAGGAAGAUAUCUUUAUCAUCUUGGCAGAGGUACUGGUUACAGCUGUCGGGGAACAUCCUCAUUUUUUACGCUUCCAAAUCAUUUAAAGGGACAAGCCGCAGUGAUUUCCGCGAAGAGAAAUGCAAGGUGCUGUGUUUAGUCGGAUGGUUCGCCAAGCUAGCGGACGGGGACAGUGCCGAUGCCUUCCAACUGGUCAACCAUCACACUGGCACGCUGUACAAGUUCAAGGCCGCCUCAGAAACAGCAGCGAAGAUGUGGGUGAGAGUAAUAGAAGAUCUGACAACUAAAAUGGUAAAACCAUUGCCUGCCAAUCUCAUGUCUUUCGAAUAAGCAGUGUAAUCACCAAUGUUUGGUCAUUGUACUCACCAUCACUUUAUUCAAGUAUCGUAUUAUAUUACUACGUAAGUAACGCCUUUUUUGAACAAAAUAUACUUUAAGCUUAUAAUUAUGUGUGGCGUAAUUAAGAGUUAUCGUUAAUGAUUUUUGUACUCAUCCGAAUAUGACACCAUUAUUGUACUUGAUAGGAUUGUUGCUUGUCAGUCUAAGAGUUCCGUAUGUCCAACAUAUGUCCGUCCGGAUAGUGCUCACAGUAUCUGACGUGUGAUCUUAUUGUGACUGAUUGAUUAGUCCCAGCCUGAAAGCCGAAGUGGGAGGCAAUAGGCCGCAAUUAGCGUGAAAGCCGACCGCUUGUGUUCAGUCCAUGUGAUGCUCGUGAACACCAACUACGAAAACUAAGUACCGAUCGGAGCAUUGCAAUUGCUCCGAACAUUUACCGAUUAACGAACGGAACUUUACAGAGACGUGGUGUAAACGCUUUUCGCGGUACUUAUUUAUACCGAUUCUGUGUGAAAACAUUAUUAUACAAAGCUUCCAAUAUUUACUAUGCAAGUGCGUAGUUCAUUCUGCCUUAGAGACGUAAUCGUACAAACCUAGUGUUGCUUUUUUGUAUAAACAUUUAUAUUUUAGGCGUACAGAAUAUUGUAAAAAUAGAUAAAGUUUUAUUUGGCAGCCAAAUUGAUUUUAAUUUUUUGGUUCCAAUCAGAAUAUGCAAAUAUUACGUAUUUACAAUUUUAACUAAUAUGGAACACGUUUAGUAAAUAAACAUAUCAUAUAGAUUAUGAUACACUAUUUUUUUUAUAUAACUUACACCAUUUGUUUGUUUGGUACAUUUGGUUUAUUAACGAACAAAAAAUAUUGCUGUUUUAGGUAGCUAGAUGGCUUUUCGUUCAUUUUGUAGAAAAAUGAAAAUUAUUUUAUUAAGACUGUCCUACGAUACUAACACCAUUUUUUGAAAAUAUAUAAGUUUUACUCCGUACAUAAAAUACUCUAGAAGCGAUAAGUUAUUUUACGAAGAAGUUUUUAUAAAACAUGGAAGAUUAGUGUGAUAUUGCUUGAGGCUUUUUACUUGCCAAUGAGCAUCCCUUUACCAAAUUAUCUGAUAUUCUUGCCAGAGCACUCUGCGCUAUGGGGCAUGGCAGUAUGCCUACCAGCUCAGUCGUAUCGAUAACAAGAGGAAUUCGGUUAAAUAGUAACAAAAAUAAAUAGUGUUUCCGAAAAAUACGUCACGAAAAUGUAGCGGAAAUGUACGUUUCUAGCGUCUUGUAGAAAAUCUUGCGACUAAAUUAUCGGACAUUAUCAUUUGAUGUCCUUUAUUACAGCAGUAAUCUAGACAGGUAUAAAAAAAAAAAAAUUACAAAAAAUCACAAAAUUAUCAAAGAAUAUAAGGAAAAACCAUCUUUAUAUCGAAUGUGUGAACGUUAUUGGCAGUUGUAUGUCCGUUUAAUUUCUCUCGUUUUGGUGCUCUCCAUGCCGUUCUUUGUACUUUUAUUCAGUACAAGCGCUCAAUUAUACAUUUUCGUACACACGUCGUCCAAUUAGUCGAAAUAAUUUUGAAAACGACGCUCUGAAAUUCAGAAACUUUAUAACGAGCAUGUACCCAAGGAAAUUGCAUACAAAAGAAUAUCUGUCGUGAACAUUUUCCUAGCGUUCUUACUGAAAUAUGAAGAGCAUGACGUUGUUACAACUUCGUAAUUCGCGUCCUCAGUUUUCAGUGAGCAAAUACAGCUUUGCAAGCUUUUGGCGUCUCAAACAUUUUCAAUAUUAAGAUCUCGCUUUUGUCACUGAAGAAACAAAAUAUGCUCACUAAUUCGUGUUGCUCAAAUAUAAUUAUCGCAUCGACCGCGUCGCUCUUACUCGAAUAUAAAGAGAUUUCCAACAGGAGUUGGUCGGACUAGAGGUAGUCCACUGUGAAAUUAUCAUGCACGAUAAUAUUAUUGAAUAUUGCUAACGUCAUAUAAACGCGUUCUUACUAAAAUAAUUUUAGCUUGGUGCUAUAAAGUAGAGAUUAGUUUGUAACGAACUAUAGCCGAAUAUAGACGAUGUUGUUUAAGUACAUUUGAUGAAUAAUAUCACUUAUAUUAUUACAUAAAUAUUCUAAUAUGAAUGUGCAUAUUUUAUUGACAUGUUAAAAAUACGCUUUCAGUGUAUAGAAUUCACUUAUGCACAUAGUUACGUACAAUGUUAAUAUAAAUAAACAAUAGCGAACAAAUUAAAUAUUUUAUUACGACAUAUAACCGAAUAAAUAGAACGUAAUAUAGUUAUAUAAAUAUUGUGCCAUUUUUAUCGAAUACUAACUAUUUCCCGCGGUUCACACGCGUCGAGAUCACUUCGCGCACUCGAAUCAAAUGUUACACAACCUAUCAAUCGAUAAAAUUGUUUUAAAAUGUUAGCGCGAAGGGAAAUAGGGAUUCUGUUUUAUAUAAAUACGACAAAACUGAUAGAUCUGUUGAAACACAACUUCAUCGUACUUAGUUUGCCACACAUUACACAAAUCUGAGUUUAUAUGACCUAUUCCGGUCUAUAAAACUUGAGAGUUCAUAUCGAAAUUAUAUUCUAACUUUUAUAUUGCACUUGUAUGUUUGCCUUAUUUACACGGAAGGAGGUUUCAUAUGUUGUUAGGUAUAUCAUGAUUGUAUAAUAUCUUGUAUUGCUUCAUUCAUUAUCUUCUAAGUCAUAGGUUUUGUGAUCAGAGUGGCUUUUUAAGAGUGGUCACAAGAGUGCUGUAGGUUCGUAAAUGAUGUGAAUAGUGGCGAAUUUGUAUUGCUAAAAUAUCACUGUUGAUGUAAGUCACUGGGUAAGAAAUCGACCUAAUUUUUAAUACCAGAUUGUUAGAAUUUCGCAAGGGAGUCGAAGGAUAUAUCUAGGAUCGGAAAAAUUGUAAUGUAGGAAGAUAGUCAAUGUUUGUUAUUGAGCGUUAUGAGUCCCGUUUAUUUCUUCUUUAAACUGCUUGCGUAAGAAUACGGUCCUUAAAAGCUUCUUAAGCGAUGGAAAUUAACGAUUUAUUUCUGGGAUAUAUUCACCGAUAUUUUUCCAUAGGUGAACGGUUUUGUAUCAAACAAUGCGAUUGGCUAAAAUGCUAGAAAUUGGAUUUGUAUGUGAUAUUCGCGGUAUAUCGUUAAGCUGUAUUCGCGUUAAGCUUGUAUACGGUUUCGCUUUUAUAUACCUACUACAAUUUGGACAAUACACAUAAAACCCUACACGUAUAAAACAACGUUUUAGUAAAGAAACUAAGACCCAAGUUCACUUACAAUAUAAACGUCGUUUUUCUUAAAACGAUUGUUGAAGAUGUUUCAAAACGUAUGGAGCCCCGGGCCACUCUUUGUACACCAUUGUACAAGAUAGGGAAAAAUAUUCAAUACAGUUUUCAAUGAUCCCGUUAAUUUAAUUUGCCUUUGUUUGGCUGUAAAACACAAAAAUAUACUCUCGAAAUUGCAACACACAAGAAAAAACCAACAUGGCGGUAAGGUGGAUACUAUACGUUGGCAGUUCGACGUAAGCUGUCAUCAUGGUGAUUGAUUAAUGACAUUUGAAAAAUUUAUUUGACUUAAUUGUCAAACCGAUGAUAUACUAUAUUUUUUUACAAGUGUAUCUAAAUUAUCGAGACGCCAUACUGAAAGUCAAUAAAAAUAAUUGAUAAAUAACAAGAAAAGUACGCAUUUUAGCAAUUUAUCUGUAUUUUUCCCGAAUUCCUUAUAUUUUUCUGGAUUUCUUGAGGUACUGUACACGUAGUGGACCGGAUUUGAAACAUCUCCAUUGAAAAUUGAACGUGAAAAUUCUUAGUAAGCAGUCGCUUUAAGAAAACGGACGUUUAUGUUGUCAGUGAACUUGGGCCUUAAUAAACAUGCGCUGUUAAAAUUAAAUAAUUAAUCUGUUUAUUUGUGUUUGCAGAUUUUUUUUUAGUUGUACCAAUUUAUUUCGACAGUUUAUUUUUAUAUUGUUUCCACAAUACUCUUAACUAGACUCAUUAAAGAAUUUCGUUUAAAAUCGUUUAAGAAUAUUAUUAUUGUGAUACAUGAUUUAGAAGAAACUUCUUACAAUUAUUUCUAUCUAAAUUCUUCAUUAUUCUGGCAAAUAUACAGUUCCUAUUUGAUUGUUCUAAAUCGUGAAUUAUUCGAAGUACAGUCAUGAAUUUUGUUUUAUUUUCAUUAUUCUUAUUUUAUUAUCAUCUGUAAAAUAUUUUUUUUUUACGCUUUACGAUUUAGGACUCUGGCCUACCGAAACCUAGUCAUGAACAUUAGCAUCUGAAAUAACUGUAUACAAAUAACUACUAAUUACAAAAUCCUAAAUAUAUUAUUAACACGCUUUAGUUUGUUUAGAUAACUCAGUCACAUUUCGAGAUAUUUUUUUUCUCACAAUAGCCUUAUUAUUUGAGUCGUGUUUUCAUAAAAUUCAAAAGCAAUAAAUAAGCAAUAAUACUAAAUAUAGCAUUGGUGAUAAGCAUUAGUGUAAAAUAAUAUAAGUAAAUAAAAUAGAAGUCUAGGUUUCCAUUGAUCUGCUCCUGAUGUGGAUGUAACCAAUUUCGUUUUCAACACACAUACUACACACUCCUCACACACACACGCCAGUUCGCCGAUCACAAAGCAUAGAUUCUGCGUAUCACCCAACCCAUUAAUUGAGCGUACAUUUCUAAAUACAUUUGUACAUUUGUAAAUUACUGUUCAAUUCAUCGGCCAAUAAAUAGUUCAAUUAAGCAGAUCAAAGCCUAGUCAAUAAAUAUCAAUGAUAGCCUGAUGCAGCAGUUGUAAAUCCUAUACCUAUAAAAUUAUGAACACACGAAUCAAAUAAAUGAAUUCAGUCGAAUCUCGAACGUAUUUUAUGUAACCGAUGCUAAUGGAUUUAGUUUGCGCUUAAAAUGUAAAAAUUUUAAGCUUUUCACUUGUAUACCAUUACAAUUAAAUAAGGUUUUUAAUCCACAGUAAUAUUUACUUUGUAGUCUGAAAAAAUAUCUCAUUAAUAUUAGUGGAGUCAUGCAUAAACAUAGAGACGUGAACAAAUGAUACUCUGCUGGAAAAUAUAUCUUUUUAGGCGAGGAAAAUGGUGACAGUUAAACACACUUCGCAAUUAAAUUAGUUAAAAGUUUCAAAAUAAAUGAAUAGGACUUUGUCUAUAAUUUUUUGGCGCUAAAAAAUCUUAGCCUUAUAUUACAAGUUUUAUUUUGAAAGAUGUUUCGCGUCGCGCGAAAAGUCCUCGUCUGAAACACAACUCUAUGUUUUUAUCUAAAGUCACAUAAUAACCGCUCCUAAUAAGUUUACAUUUCCAUAGACAUCAUAGAAUCACUUACGUCAAACUUAGUUCUAAAGAGGAUUUAAACAUCGCGAAGUUUGUUGAUUGUCUGUGUAAGUAGUUCGCUCUGGUUCCAUCAUCUGUAAGUAGGUCGCCGUCUCCCUGUAUAUGUAGCGCGUUGGCGCCUGCAUCAGAUAUAUAUGCCGCGUUGCAACGUGCACUGACCCGGAACAAGGUGCAUCCUACCUAUAAACGCGGUACCAAUCAAUUUCACUAUACUCCAUAAAAUAUAUAAAUGGGUCGUAUUCAAAAAAACUGUAAGUAAGUAACAGAUAUGAAACAGAUAGGAAAUUAUAUUAUUGUAACAGAAAGUAACAGAGAUGAAUUAUUAGGGCCAGUAUAUAACGACAUUAUGCUGAAACAAAUACAUAGUCUGUUUUUCAGAGCAAUAGCCAGUAGCUAUUCUCUAUAAAGAAUAACUCUGUGGGUCGUUUCAAUAUAUCUACUUACUUUUUUUUAAUAUGACCCAAAUCUAAAGUUAUAUAUUCGUUUUAAAUUCCAUGCAUUCGCACUCGGCAAAGCAAGAAUCGACCGUUGACUAUCCUUCGAAUAUUAACGCAAGCACAAUGAUUUUCGUUUUUUUUUCAUUAUAUUACCAAAGCUACGUAAAUCUAUCUUUUUAUAUUGUAGUUUAAGUAUACUUAGUUAUAGUGAGGCUAUGAUAUUUGACUGAUACUGAAAAUGUUAUACCAUUUUUCUCUGUCAUACUGUAUUUUAUAACGAGUGUGUAAUAUGAAGACGGUAGAGCAGGUAAACAUGUAUCUACCUUCUUUAUAAUUAAAGCGUGAUUGUUUUAUGUGCUGAUGUUAUCUGAUUAUAUGUUGCUUAAGUUGCACUAUAUUCAUUAUUUUAAAAUAUUCAUAAUUGUUAUCCUAUAAUUAUACUACAAUCUCUUAUACUACUUUUGAUUUUUCAACUCGAGGAUCGAAUAUCAUUGUAUUUAAGCUUUGUACGACAUUAUUCUUAAGUGUAUUUAAUAGCACUUGUGUGCUCUUGUGUUCAAUAAAAAAAUCCAACUUAAUUCUUA